UGGACCACCGAGUGCACAGAUAGAACACUUUUCUCCAGAUUUAUUAGCUGUAAAUGAACAGAUAUUUUCUCUAAAGCAGCCCUUUGACGACCCAGCUGGAUUACAUGUCUCAUGUUGUGAUUAGAGAUCUGGCGUGGUGUUCAGGGACAAGUGGAUUUUUGUGGACAUCAGCUUCAUCUACAGGACUUAGUUUUAUCCCUGGUGCUUGUGUUGCAGCAUGUUUGGGGUAAAAGACUUACAAGGAGCUGAGUGUGAGCUGUGAGGGGAGGAAGAUAAAGCUGAGGGAAGACUGAAAGAGCUGCCACCUUGCUCGCAGCGCCAGCAGAGGAGAGUGGAGCAUCCUUUCCGUGGCUUGGCUGAAUUUGUGAGGAUUUGGAGGAGCAGCACAUGUUACCUGCAGGUGAACAACUGAAUACAUUUAUAGAGGUCCUUCAUCCUAACUAAGACUGGCUGUAUCCAACAAUCCAGACAGAUUUUUAUCAUCCGUUUCCGCAUCUCACAUCUAGCAUGGGCACACUUCGUCUUCCAGCCUGUCUGCUUCUGAUCGCUAUGAUUAGUUCCUCAAAUGCUGGACUCAUCAAAAAAGUCUUACGACAUCGGCGACAGACCCUGCUUCCUCCUAGUGAACAUAACGUCACCUUCCCCAGUGCAGGACAUCCUGUGGUUUUCAGCCAUGUAUACACCAUCAACGUUCCUACCAGUUCCCUGUGCUCGGUGGACCUGGAAUCCCCAGACAGCAGCCAUCUCCAUCCUAAAGACAUCAACUCAGAUCACCACGUCACUGAACACACACUCGAUGAGGACAACCAGAUCGUCUUCACACACCGUAUUAACAUACCUCGACAGGCCUGUGGUUGUAAUGAUGACUUGGCCAUUGUCAAGGACCUCAUGAGCCGGCUGGAGAUGCUUGAAGGAGAAGUUUCAGCUUUGAGGGAUCAGUGUAGCGGUGGAGGGGUCUGCUGCAGUCCUGAAACUACAGGUGAGUUUGGAACAAAACCUUACUGUAGUGGCCAUGGAAACUACAAUGCUGAAACCCAUGGGUGUACAUGUGAUCCUGGCUGGAAGGGACCCAACUGCGCAGAGCCCGAGUGUCCUGCUAGCUGCCAGGACCACAGCCACUGCGUGAAUGGAAAAUGUGAGUGCUUCAAGGGCUUCGGCGGGGAUGACUGUUCAAUAGAGCUCUGCCUGGUGGACUGUGGAGCGCACGGCCUCUGCGUGGGCGGUGUUUGCAACUGUUCGGAUGGUUUCUUUGGCGAGGACUGCUCUCAGACUCGGUGCUUGAACAACUGCCUGGGCCGUGGUUCCUGUGUGGAUGGAGACUGUGUGUGUAACGUGCCUUGGACUGGCUUUGACUGCUCUGAACUCAUCUGCCCCAAAGACUGCUACGACCGCGGGCGCUGCGUGAACGGUACCUGCUACUGUGACGAGGGCUUCACUGGAGAGGACUGUGGAGAGCGCUCUUGUCCCAAGAACUGCACCGGCAACGGUCUCUGUGUUGAUGGUGGAUGCAUUUGCUCUGCAGGAUACAGUGGUGAAGACUGCUCUCAACUCACCUGCCUGAAUGACUGCAGUGGCAGAGGCACAUGCUUCAAUGGAAUGUGCAUCUGCGACUCCGGCUAUCAAGGGGAAGACUGCAGCCAGUUGGCGUGUCUGAAUAACUGCAACAGUAGAGGCCAGUGCAUCAAUGGACAGUGUUCAUGUGACGUCGGUUUCCAGGGGGAUGACUGUUCCGAGCUUUCCUGUCCCAACAGCUGCUUGAUGAGGGGACGUUGUGGAAAUGGCCAGUGUGUCUGUGAUGAGGGUUUUACUGGGGAAGACUGCAGCAUCCGCCUCUGCCCCUCAAACUGCUACACUCAAGGGGAGUGUAUUAACGGACGUUGUGAGUGCCACGCAGGCUUUGCUGGCGAGGACUGCAGUGAACUGAGCUGCCCUAACAACUGCAGCAAUCAGGGCCACUGCAUCAGUGGCCAGUGUGUUUGUGACGAAGGUUUCAGUGGUGAAAACUGCAGUCAGAAAGCUUGUCCAAACGACUGUCUGGCACAGGGUCACUGUUACAACGGCAAAUGCAUCUGUCAGGAAGGGUUCACUGGAGAGGACUGCUCUGUGCUUGCAUGUCUGGAUAACUGCAACCUCAGGGGGCGCUGCAUCAACGGAACGUGCACGUGCGAUAGUGGAUAUGAGGGAGAAAGCUGUGCAGACCGGAGCUGCAUCAACAACUGCCAGGACAAAGGUCGCUGCGUGAACGGUCAGUGCGCCUGUGACGAGGGAUACAUCGGGGAGGACUGCUCAGGAGUUUCUCCUGCAAAGGACUUAAAGGUUGGAGAGGUCAACGCCAGCACGGUGAACCUGUCCUGGUACAACGAUAUGCUGGUCACAGAGUAUCUCAUCACGUAUGUCCCCACCAGUCCUGGGGGUCUUCUCAUGGACUUUACUGUGCCUGGAGACAAAACCGCCGCCACCGUUAAAGAGCUUGAACCUGGCAUUGAGUACCUGAUCAGUGUCUACGCUGUCCUGAGCAACAAGAGGAGCAUCCCUGUCAGUGCAAGAGUGGCCACAGACCUCCCGCAGCCAGAAGGCUUAAGGUUUAAAUCAGUGAGAGAGACCUCUGUAAAGGUUAUGUGGGACCAGCUGGACAUCUCUUUCGACGCCUGGGAGAUCCAUUUCCGCAACACGAAAGAAGAAAACGGAAAAGUCGUGAGCACAGUUCCAUCGUCUCAAAACCACUUCCUUCAGUCUGGGCUUGGACCAGGACAGGAGUACGAGGUGUCCCUCAACGUCCUCAAGAACAACAUCAAAGGACCCCAAACAUCUACAACGGUCACUACCAAGAUUGACGGUCCGCGGCAGGUGGAAGUGAAGGAUGUGACGGACUCUUCGGCUUUGAUCAGCUGGAAUCUACCUGUUGCUCAUGUGGACAGAGUCACCAUGUUUUACAUGCCCAGCUCCGACCCAUCGAACGAAACCACGGUGGACAUUUUCCCUCCUGACAAACAGUACAGCGUGGACAGUUUGAGGCCAGACACUGAGUACACUGUUUCAAUAAUUUCAAGACGUGGAGAUGCAACAAGUGACCCUGCCACCACCUCAUUCACGACAGAACUGGAUGCCCCCACCGGCCUGCAAGCGGUGUCACAAACAGAAGACAGCAUCACUCUGGAGUGGACCAACAGCCAGGCUAAUGCUAGCGGCUAUCGAGUGAAAUACAGCCCCAUCUCUGGCGCCACUCAUGGUGAAGAAGUGUUCCCACGGGGACCGGGACACACCACACAGGCUACCAUCACCGGGUUGGAUCCGGGGACGGAGCAUGGGAUCGGAGUGACAGCUGUAAAGAACGAAAGGGAAAGUCUCCCUGCUACUACUAAUGCAGCGACUGACCUCGAUCCUCCCAGGGACUUUGAACAAGUCAAGUCCACAGAGACGUCUCUGACGGUGAGGUGGCAGAAACCCCAAGCUAAAGUGAGUGGAUACAGACUGGUCUACAUCUCCAGAGAUGGCCAGACAGAAGAAGUAGAGAUCCCAGUCACAGCAACUACAUACAUCCUUCCUAACCUGACUCCUGGAAUGAGCUAUACCCUCACUUUGACUGCAGAGAGGGGCCAGAGAACGAGCAGGCCUGUCUCACUAUCAGCAUCCACAGCCUCUUUCACCUUUUAUUCUGCUAACUCAGACAUCCAUGAGCAAACAGCUCCCAGAGACUCAGAGAAUAGCUCUGGGGUUUUACAACCAUCUGAGUCCCAGUUUUCUGGGGCAGAGCUUGAGGAUGAGCUCGGAGUGCUGACUGUUUCCGGCAUCACGUUUGACGGAUUUGACCUCUCUUGGAAACUAAAGCCUCACAAUGUUUAUGAUAAUUUAGUUGUGUCAUAUAAAGGCACUCAGCAGUUGUGGGGUUUGAGAGAGGUCAAACUUCCUGGAGAUGCCCGUGGGUCUAGACUCACCGGCCUGAAGCCGUUGACAGAAUAUCAAAUACACUUAAAGGGAGUAACAAGUAGCCAGGAAUCAUCUGUGCUACUUGAAGCUGUUGCAGUCACAGCACCUCUAGAAGAAGCUCUGGAAACCCUACUGUCCACUCUGGAGAAUGAAAGCCCAGAUCUUCUACUUUCACUAAACAAUGAAGCACUGCCCACAUCUGAUGCUGUUGUGAUGAGUUCUGGGGCUGAGCCUGAAAGCUCAGCUGAGCUGAAGCCGACUAUAGUGAACCUCACCAUAUCCGAAAUUUCCUGGGAUGGUUUCACUGCAUCCUGGAGCCUCACUGGGGGGGGCUUUGACAGCUUUGUCAUUGAGGUAACAAACAUGGAGAAUUUUGAAGAGAGCCAGAACCUCACUCUCUCUGGCGACGCUUUGAGCCUGGGUAUCUCUGGGUUGAACCCUAACACCAGCUACAUGGUUGGCCUGUAUGGGAUGCAUCAGGGCUCCUUCCUUGAACCCCUGUACAGUGAAGCCACCACAGCGACUCAGCCUGUGAUUGGCAAACUAUACGUCUCAAACAUAACAUCUGAGAGCUUUACAAUCCAGUGGAAUGGUGCUGAGAGACGGUUUGAUGGUUUUAUCCUGGAGAUAAUUGACUCUGAUUGGCUGACGGAGCCAAAGGAAUACAACAUCUCCAGUAAUGUAACAUCCCUUGACAUUGACGGGCUCAGGCCCAGCACGCAUUAUGUAAUCUACCUCUACGGGACUUUCAAGGGAUCUCGUUCGAAUGCUGUCAGUAUUGUUGCAUCCACAGCUGAAGAGCCCGAUUUGUCCAAGCUAGUUGUUUCUAACGUUACCUCUGACAGAUUCUCUCUGUCAUGGCGAACAGGAGAGAAGGAAUUUGAUAGGUUUAUAGUAGAAGUCAGAGAGUCUGCUUUGCCCUCGCAGGCAAUGGGGCGCACUCUUCCAGGAGAUGUUCGCUCUACAGUAAUGGCCGGGCUCAAGGCGAGCACGAGCUACAGCAUAAAACUUUAUGCCAGUGAAGGUGAUGGCCAGAAUACACCGCCUCUGUUUGCUGUAGCAACAACAGAGGAUGUCCCAAAGUUGGGGCCUCUGGCUGCUUCGUCGAUGAGCCCUCAUAACCUGAGUUUGUUCUGGAACACUGUAUCAGGACACUUUAACAGCUUUGUUGUCCGCGUCAGUGACCCUGAGCAGCUGUCUGAUCCGCUGGAGUUCAGGCUGCCCGGCGAAGUUCGUAACGUUACAGUAACAAACCUGACUGAUGACUCGGGCUACGACGUCGAACUUUACGGUAUUUCUCACGGGCGUCGCACUCCCUCUGUGUUUGCCCACGCUGUGACAGCUCCUUUACCCAAAGUGGAAAACUUGACCAUUUCCACCGUAACCCCCUACGGUUUCAGAGUGUCCUGGGAGGUCAGGCAGCAGCAGGAGGAAUUAUCACCAUCUAGUGGCGGUUUCAGCCACUUCCACAUAGUGGUGACAGACUCUGGCCGGCUGCUGGAGCCUCAGGACUUCACAGUGCCGGGGAACCAAAGUCAUCUGGACAUGUGGGGGCUCAUCACCGGCAUAGGCUAUGAGGUCAAGUUGACGGGGGUGUCAGAAUCGGGGCUUCUCUCUCGGCCUCUGACUAUAGUGGCUGUGACAGAGGCUGAGCCGGAGGUGGAGCAUCUCUUCGUCUCGGACGUCACGGCUGACGGUUUCCGUCUGUCGUGGACCACGGACCACGACCUGUUUGACAGAUUUGUCAUUAAAGUCAGAGACAGUAAAAGGUUAGCCCAUCCACAGGAGUUCAGCGCCCGCAGCGACAAGAGGACCAAGGUCAUAACUGGCCUCAUGAGUGGCACUGAGUAUGAAAUCGAGCUUUAUGGCGUCACAGUGGACCAACGCUCCCAACCAAUUACAGCGGUUGCUCAGACAGCCCUAAGUGCUCCCAAAGGUCUUCAUUUCACUGAAGUGACAGAUUCUACAGCUCGAGUUCACUGGUCCAAACCAGAUUUUGACAUGGAGAAAUACCGCAUCACCUACGUGCCACAGGAAGGAGGAAUCCCGUUGAGCAUGAUGGCAGAUGGAAGCGUGUCGGAGAUUCUCCUGAUCAACAUGUUGCCAGGGAAGGCCUACCACGUCACUGUGACUGCCCUGAAAGGUUUGGAGGAGAGCGAGCCCAGCUCCGGCUCCGUGACCACAGCUUUGGACAGUCCGCGGGGUGUGACUGCAGCCAACAUCAAUGACACAUCAGCUCUGUUGCUGUGGCAACCAUGUGUAGCCACUGUCGAAGGCUACGUUAUCACGUACAGCACAGACUCGGCACCUCCGGUGAUUGAGCAUGUUUCUGGGAACACGGUGGAGUUUGAGAUGAACUCCCUGCUUCCUGGAUCUCUCUAUAGAGUUGGAGUUCAUGGUUUGAGAGAGACUCAGAAGAGCACCCCUGCUGUUACUGAAUUCACCACAGAUGUGGAUCCGCCUCGUGACCUGAAAGCUGAUAACGUUCAAACCGACAGCGCUGUUCUGACCUGGAAGCCACCUCAUGCUGCCGUCACUGGCUACGCGCUUACCUUCUUCUCUGCUGGCGGUGCCAUUAGAGAGGUAACGUUGAGCCCAACAGCAUCGUCGUACACCAUGUCUCAGCUGACCGCUUCCACAGAGUACAACGUCCGCCUGCAGGCCAUCGCUGCGGCCAAGCGGAGCCGCUACGUAACCACCACAUUUUCCACCAGUAAAGCUGGACAGGUGUUUGCGUGGCCCUGGGACUGUGCUCAGAUUUUACUGAACGGAGAGACGGCCUCUGGUUUGUACACCAUCUACAUAGGAGGGGAGGAUACCCAGCCUCUUCAGGUUUACUGUGACAUGACCACAGACGGUGGUGGAUGGAUAGUUUUCCUCAGACGGCAAAAUGGAAAGCUGGAAUUCUUCAGGAACUGGAAGAGCUACACAGCUGGCUUUGGAAACAUGAAUGAUGAGUUCUGGCUGGGUCUCUCCAAUCUCCACAAAAUCACAUCUUCGGGACAAUAUGAGCUGAGAGUGGACCUGAGAGACAAAGGGGAGUCGGCCUAUGCUCAGUAUGAUAGGUUCACCAUUGCAGAGCCAAGAACACGCUACAAGCUCUACUUAGGAGCAUACGAUGGGACAGCAGGUGACUCAAUGACUUACCACAAUGGUCGGCCCUUCUCCACCUACGACAACGAUAACGAUAUCGCCGUGACAAACUGCGCCCUGUCCUACAAAGGGGCUUUUUGGUAUAAAAACUGUCAUCGGGUCAACCUGAUGGGGAAAUAUGGGGACAACAGCCAUAGUAAGGGAAUUAACUGGUUCCACUGGAAAGGUCACGAACACUCAAUCCAAUUUGCAGAAAUGAAGAUUAGACCAUCCAACUUCAAAAACUUUGAGAGCCGAAAGAAACAAUCGUAGAGCCCCGGUCGCCCUCUGCUCCUGCACCUCGCCUCCACUCGCCCGACGCUCCUCGCUUUGUAAAAACCACCUCUCUAUAAAACACCCGAAACAAAGGCAGGACCACUGACUGGAAAUCGGUUCUGGUUCUGACUGAAGAACCUGCUAACACAACACCAAAGAAUCAACAGAGCGUUAGCAGUGUGCUCACAGCUGUCCCCACAUGGCGUUGUUCUGUGAUUGUGUUUCAACAAAGGUAGAUGAUCAUUUGCUCUAGGUUGUAGUUUUUCUGCUUGUUUGUUUUUGUUGGGGGGGGGCUGAUGUGUAAAUUUUUUGUGUUAAAGGAGAUCCAACCUGUCAGACACAUCCUCAACCAAAUCUGAAGGAUGGAAUUUGUUACAAUAAAAUGUGACCGGCCUGAAUAAAAGUAACAUUUAAAGUCUAUGGUUAAAAAAAAUUAACCAGUUUUCUCACUGUUCAUAUUUAAAAACUGAUUUUGUUUUUAGAAAAUCAACACAAAUAAAACACCUGUUGCUCUGUAAUCCCCAUUUCAAAUAAAAAUGAUUUGAUACCUGGAAUUUUA